AUGCGGCGUACUCCACCAGUGGCGGGUGCCGAUUGCUGGGCCCGCGAAGACCCUGCCGACACCAAGCCAGCUGUUAGGGAUGAUGGAUGCGAGGGGCUGAUGGGUGGUCGUGCAGCACCUCUCGCUCGGCUGGCGGUUCGCAUGCUGUCGCGUCCAGCGCCAGCUCCAGACGCGCACUGGCGACCUCCAUUUUUGCAUAUUCCAUCAUCCACAAAAGUUCAACAGAAUCGUCUCUUCCAGAGUGAUCAGAAGAGGCUCUAUAAAUCGUUGGAGCGACCAAUGGUAAGUGGAACGGGCCCAGCACCGAAUCAGGCCGACACUGUAGCAUUCUGGCGCGGCCUGUGGUCAGAGCCCAUAAACCACAGCGAGGGCCCUUGGACGGAAGUUGUGGCGAGUCAGUGUGCGAGUAUAACGCCCAUGGACCCCGUCAUUAUAACGCCGGAUGACGUAGCUGAGGCGGUCCGUAGGGCCCCGAACUGGAAAAGUCCGGGACUCGACGGGCUGCAUCACUACUGGCUGAAGGGAUUUGUGGUGUGUCACACUGUGCUCGCCCGACAGUUCCAAGAGGCUCCCAACCAGAAGUCGCUCCCGAGCCUCUUCACUGCUGGGAUCACUCAUUUGGUUCCUAAGACCAGGUUACCACAGACCCGAGCAAAUACCGCCCCAUCACGUGUCUGCCGACCAUAUACAAGACACUAA